GGCGGCGGCCCCGGGCGCGCGGUUUCCUUCUAAUCAAAACCAAGAAAAGAACACUGAAAAGAAAAUGAAGGAAAGCUGGCCCAAGAGUGAGGUGAAACAUCAACCAGAUUUCAUAAAAGAAAGAUUGAAGCUUUUUGAAAUAUUGAAGAAGGAUCAUCAGCCCUUACUUGCCAUUUAUGAAGAAAAAAGGAAUACAAGCAAGGCAAUCACAGUAAGAGUGGCGGAUGGGAGAACAGUGCAAGGGGAACUUUGGAAAACAACACCUUAUCAAGUGGCAGCUGAAAUUAGCAUGUAA